AUGGCCGAUGUUUCUGAUAACAAAAAAAAAGCAAUUGAAGUUCUUAGAAGAUAUCAAGCUCAAAUUAUUAGCAAAAAUAAUCAAAUUAACAGCAAACCACUUUUUAGUAGCUUGUUUCAUAACAAAUCUCUUAAACCAGAAGAAACAAGAAUACUAACCGCGAUUUCAGCUAAAAAUAAAGAAAAAUCUAGAAGAGAAUACAAUUUGAUUCUACACGGUCUUGAUGAAUUAAAUAAAUCAACUGAAGAAAAUAUACAACAUGAAAACGAGCAAAUAAAAAAGAUCUUUAAUUACCUGAAGGUCGAUGAAUCAUUUAUUAAACGACACCACCGCCUAAAAUCAAAAACCGACAAACCUGGUAUUGUAAUAGUAGAAUUAAAUAAUAAAGAAAAUGUUGCAGACAUUUUAAAGUCAGCAAGCAAUUUGAAAUAUAAUGUCGAAUAUAAAAAUAAAGUAUAUAUAAAUCAGGAUUUAACAUUUGCACAACGUGAAAGCAGAAAAUUGCUUCUAAAAGAAAGAGAUCGUUUAAAUAAUGCUGAUAAUAACCAGCCCUUUCGGUAUAUUGUCAAAAAUGAGUCAAUUGUCAAAGUCAAGAAAAUAUCACCUUAUGAAGUAUCACCUUUAUAUAAAGAAGUUCAACAAAUAUGGUGUAGCAUUGUACUUCAUAAAACAAAAAUAUUAGUUGGAUGUAUAUACAGACCACCAAACAGUACUGACCUAAUAAAUAAUGCAAUUAAUGAAUUAAUAAAAACUUCAAAAAAGGAAGUAAUGAAUGGAAAAUACUCAAAUGUAAUAAUUGUUGGUGAUUUUAAUUACCCAAAUAUUAUUUGGAAUGAAGACGGAACUAUUGAGCUAAAGCAAAACUGCCAAACAAGCAGAGCAUUUAUUAAUAACUUGCAAAACAAUUAUUUACAUCAAGUAGAUAACAAGCCAACUUUUCAAAUGGCUGUUGAUAAACCAGCAAAUAUAUUAGAUUUAAUGAUAUGCGACGAUCUAGAUUUAAUAAUUAACAUUGAAUAUGAUGCUCCACUUGGUCAAAUUACUAAAAGCCAUUACAUAUUAAAAUGGGAAAUUAACAUACUCAAUUCAUAUGAGAAAAAAUUCAACAAUAAGAGAUUUAAUUUUCGAAACGGAAAGUACAAAGAAAUGAAUCUCAUGUUUUAUAAAGUAAAUUGGGUUGAAAUCUUUGACAAAAUGAAUACAAAUCAAUGUUAUGAAUACUUUUUAAAAAUUUAUGAAAAAGCUUGCAAACAAUAUAUUCCUCGCCACUUCAAACCCACUAGUUCUAUCAAAAAUCCAUCAAAAGAUGUAAAACAUAAUCCAAAACGCUUCUAUGCAUAUGCACAAAGAAAAAACCAAACACAUACAAAAUUGCUAGCACUUAAAACAAGUGACAACAAAAUAAUAACUGAUAAAAAAGUAGUUGCUAAUCUACUAAAUUGUAGUUUCCAAUCAGUAUUUGUCAAAGAAAAUCAAGAUUUACCAUAUUUCAGCAAUAAAACUAGUCAUUUAUUUGAAUGUGACUGGGACCAAGAACUAAAAGAAGAUAUUAUAUUUAAUUAUUUAUUAGAACUUAAUGAAAACAAGUCACUUGGUUGUGAUAACAUCAGUCUCUAUGUGCUAAAGCAUUGUGCAGAAGGAUUAUCCAAACCUUUGUCUUUAAUAUUCAAGAAAUCGAUACAUUCAGGAGAGCUGCCAGAAUUAUGGAAAUCUGCAAACAUUACACCACUUUUUAAAAAAGGAGACAAGAAAGAUCCACUCAACUACAGACCUAUCUCCUUAACAUCAAUACCAAGUAAGAUAAUAGAGAAAAUAAUUAGAAAAAAACUGAUAAUUUAUAUAACAGAAAACAAUCUGUUAACGUCUCAACAACAUGGAUUUAUACAAAAUAAAGGGUGCCUAACAAACCUAUUAGAAACUUUCGAUAUUAUUACAACUGAAAUUGAAAAUGGUUAUCCAGUUGAUAUAUUAAAACAAAGAGUGGUAAUGGGUGAAGUUGUAUCAGAUUGGUGCGAGGUUUAUAGUGGUGUACCACAGGGCUCUGUAUUAGGUCCUCUUCUUUUUCUGUUAUAUAUCAAUGAUCUUCCCCAAUGUAUCUCUUCAAUCGCAAAAUUAUACGCUGAUGAUACUAAAAUCAUAUCUGUUAUAAAAGAACAUAAUGAUCUAACUAAUAUGCAAAAUGACAUUGAUUUGUUAACUGAAUGGUCAAAUGUAUGGUUAAUGGACUUUAACAUAAAUAAAUGCAGUGUUAUGCACAUUGGAAGAAAAAAUAUUAACUAUAACUACACUAUAAAGCACGACAAUCAAAGUUUUCUUCUAAAAACAACAACAAAAGAACUAGACUUGGGUGUAAUAGUUUCAUCCAAUAUGAAAUGGAAUCAUCAGGUUCAAGCAGCUACAAGUAAAGCACAAAGAAUCUUAUGUUUAAUAAGAAAAAGCUUUACUUAUCUUAACACUGAAAUGGUAAGGCAACUAUACACAUCGUUGGUUAGACCACACUUGGAAUUCGCAGCUCCAGUGUGGAGUCCAAGUAAUAAAAAUAAUAUCAAUGACCAAGAAAAAAUUCAAAGGCGAGCAACAAAGCUAGCCCCUGAACUAAAACAUCUAAGUUAUACCGAAAGAUUGACAAAGUUGGGCCUCACAACUCUGGAAACAAGACGUAUAAGAGGAGAUCUCAUUGCUUUCUUUAAAUUAACAACUGGGAUUGAUAAGAUAUUAUGGUAG